AUGCUCAACACUCUACGGAUGGUGUCUGUGCCUCUUGUUGUCUCCAGUAUUAUCUCGUCCCUGGCCUCGUUAUCGAUGAAGACUUCCAGUAGUAUCGGACUGAGGGCACUAGUGUACUAUCUGGUAACCACAGUGUGUGCUGUCAUCACUGGCACUGUUGGGAUUGAUAUUAUUUCUAUGGGCAAAGAAACAAAACAAUCCAUAACCCUUGGUGAUGGCAUGAACCAACUAGAUUCACUUCUGGAUAUGAUAAGGAAUGCUUUUCCGGAUAAUAUUGUAGAAGCAACACUGUCAAAGAAACAAUCAGUGUUCUCUACAAGCAAUAUGGAAAUCGUCAAUGGUAGUGGAUCUUUCGGUUUUAACAACACAGAGGAUAUUAUUGGAAGAAAUAUGCCAGUUGACGUCCCGAUCGUUACAUCUGUUCCCGGUACCAACAUGCUGGGAUUAAUUGUAGUGUCCGUCUUCCUCGGAUGUGUUCUGUCCAGUAUGGAGGACAAAGCCAAACCUCUCGUGGACUUCUUCCAAUGUCUAUACCAGGCCAUGAUGCGGUUUGCCCCCGUAGGAUUGAUGUUCAUAAUAGCUGCUGCUGUCGUACAGAUCGAGAGGCCGACGGAAGCCCUCCUCGAGUUUGCUGUCUUCAUACCUACAGUUAUAUUUUGUCUUCUGUUGCAUGGGUUUGGUACCGUACCGCUCAUGUUUUUCUUGGUGACCAGAAAAAAUCCUUAUAUAUUCAUAAAGAAUAUGUCCAAGGCGCUGCUGACAGCCUUUGGAUCGACUUCAAGUGCGGCUGCUCUCCCCUUCACGAUGGACAACCUGAUAAAGAAGAGUAAGGUCAACAGCCGUGUUGUCAAUUUCAUUGCUCCGAUAGGGGCAACCAUCAACAUGGACGGUACUGCGCUGUAUAUUCCGAUGAUGGCUGUUUUUAUUUCCCAUCGUAUUGGAUUGGUUUUGGAACCUGCACGCUAUGUUGUGAUCGGAAUAGGACAAGAUAUGUCACCCAUAAACCACGAGGAGCGAAUUUUAUUUGCAGAAAUCUGUGAGUCCAUAUGA